AUCAUAAUAGGAAGCCUUGUUAAUUAAAUUAUGUGGUCCCUACUGUGCCUAAAUAAUAGAAAAUAGUGGAAACUGUUAUUUAGUGGGAAAGAAAACAUGAAAACCGUCCCUUAGUGGGAGAAGGAAACCUAACAGGUUUUGAAAACGGUUUUAACCUAAAAACGCAGCUAUAUAUAUGGAUAUACGGGCUGGACGUUUGAAAAAGGAUUCUGACUGCGGUUUCUACUAGAAUUUUGCCCACCCAAAAUUCUCUAUUUUCGGUUAUUGUUUGGGUAACACAGUAGAAGACUGUGGAAAUUUGUUGGUGUGUGGUAUCAAUUGAGGAACUGGAGAACGACAUAGAUUUGUGUGUUUACGCUUCAAGAGGUAACCCUAAAAUCCCCAUACGUGCUAGUUGUUUAGAUUACACGUGAAUAAGAUUCUGCUAUUGCUUCCGCUGUGGUAUAUAUUCCUACAGGUAAUACGUACGCAAACCUUACCCCUACCUUGUGAAAACAAAGAGGCUAUAGACCUUCGGCCUUGGUAGAAACAUUAUUGCCUAAAAAAUUGUCCGUUCUUUCAUUUUUGCAGGCAUUAUAUGGGAGAAGAUUUGGACUCGUUAAGCAUGAAAGAACUUCAGAAUUUGGAGCAUCAGCUGGAUUCUGCUCUUAAACACAUUCGCUCAAGAAAGAACCAAUUGAUGCAUGAGUCUAUUUCUGAGCUUCAAAGAAAGGACAAAGCACUGCAGGAGCAAAACAACCAGCUUUCCAAGAAGGUGAAGGAGAGGGAGAAAGAGCUGGCCCAACAAAAUCAGUGGGAGCAGCAGAACCAAGAACUCAACUCAUCUUCAUUUGUUUUGCAACAACAAUUGGACUCUCCUAACCUUGGGGAAGCAUAUCAGAGCACUGCAGAAGAAAAUGGAGAAGUAGAAGGAGGUUCGAAUUCGCAGCAGCAAACUGCUAAUACUGUGAUGCCACCAUGGAUGAUUCGCCAUCUUAAUGGCUAAUUAAUAACUUGAUGGUCAGUAUUAAGCUAGGUAUUUUUGUCUAAGAAUUAAGUAAACGCUUCAUAUAUGUUUACCAAAAAAUAACUCUAUCUCUAAUUUACACAAUAUAUACAGUUAUAUAUAGAUGGGCUGUUGUAAAACAUUACUAUGUUAAAAUGAACUGAUUUACUGUAUC